UACUUUCAUAAUCUUAUCUUUAUCUUUCUGCACGAAGGCAAAAAUCAUUUUCCUCUUAAAUUUGAAAAAAUUGCAACUUAGUUUAAUUCAACUAGAACGCUUUCUCGUUGUAUAAAUAAAUACCAUUUUAAAUGUUUAAAUAAAUAAUUUUAGUAAUUCCUAUAAAAUUAAGUCUUUACGAAAUUUAGUCACUUUUAGUUAGUCAAGUUAGUUUUUUUUGGUAAAUCGUUUUAAACGGACGCUCCUAAGUGCCUUAAAAAUCUUCUUAGGGCAUUAAUUGAACUCUUACCCAGUUUCUUUAGUUUUUAAAGGUUUAUUUCUGUUUUAUCUUUUUCGGAUUUAUUUUUGACGAGAAAAUGGUUUCGACCUUCAUAAGACUAUUUCAAAGUUUUAAGAAAAUUUUGAAGACUAUCUUUUCUUAUACUCUUAAUUUUUGUCCUCCACAUUCCAAAUUAGUUUUUGAAUUUUUCAAUUUUAAAUAGUUUUAAAAUAUUUAUUUUAAGUUAUUUUGAAAUAAAUUUCAACCCUACCAUUUGAAUUUAGGUGAAACUAAUAUAUUUAAUGUUUAAUGAUACAUGAUUAUAUAAUUAUCAGUUAAAGGAACCGCUUUAAAAUUUAUUCAAAGUGAAAAGUUGAACAAUUACAAAUAUUCUACUUUUCUCAAGAUUGAUUGAAAAUAAGCAAUUGAUGAUAUAAUUAGUUUCUUAAUUUUUAUUUUAUUAUUAUUUGAAAAAAUAGCCUUUACCCCCCCCCCCCUUCGAACUAUACCCAAAAGAGUUGUGACACACCUAAACUUAAAGGGAGUCCUACUAUCCCUGAACUAAAUUAAAGUGUAUUAUUGACACCCUUAAUUGCCUACGUGGCAGAUAUUUUCAGCCAAAUGCUUGAGCGUGUAAUACACGCAUAUUUAUUACACAUGGAUCCCACAGUUCACAAACUUGGACUCUUCACUUUCCCAUUUCAGCAAAUGUAUGGCAAACAAUUAUAUUUACUUUACCAAAUUCUUUAACAUUUUUUAGAAGCUUUUCACUUUCCAAAUUCAAAAACCUUUACAAAUGUUGAUUCUAAGUGUUCGUUUGAUCAAAUUUUAGUCGAUUCAUGUUUUUAAUUUUCACUCAAGUUCAUCCAAAAUCACAAUUUACGUUUGGUACUCACAAGUUGGAUCAAAAAUCUCAUAAGUUGUACCAGCUUCGAUUUCUUCAAAAAAGGGUUUUUCGUCCUUAAUCUUCAAUAUCUAAUAAUAAAGGGACUUGAUUUGACUGUUAAGGAGUUGUUACCAGGUUGUGAGGAAAAAAGGUGUGCUAGGCAUAUCUUUGCAAAUUGGUCAAAGGAUUGGAGAGGUCUUCAAAGGAUGAUGGCAUUUGGAAGUGUGCUAGAAGUACUUUUGAAGCUGAAUUCAGGAAGAAUCUGGAUGCAUUAUCUAGGCUUGGUUAGAACAUUGUUACCGAUCUACUUUACUAUAAUAAAGAGUAUUGGUGCAAGGUUUAUUUUAAUUGUCAAGUCAAGUGUGAUUCUAUAGAUAACAACCUUUGUGAGAGUUUUAAUUCAUUGAUUUUAGCAGCAAGGCAUAAGAGUAUUAUUAGUAUGCUUGAAGAGAUAAGAGUCAAGGUCAUGACUAGGCUAGCCAAGUUAAGUGAAUUUUCAAGAACUCGGGUCAGUAAUUUCUCUCCAAUGUCAAUUAAAGUGUUACGGAAAAAUAUUGAUGUGUCAAUGAGUUGUACCAUAGAUUUCAAUAGAGUAACAAGUUAUGAAGUUAUGGAGGGAUAUAAACAACACACUGUGUGUUUGUUAAAAAGGGAGUGCAGUUAUAGAUUUUGGAUGUUGAGGGGAUACCAUGUCAACAUGCAUAAGAAAUAUGACCCACUAGAUUUCAUUGAUCCAUGCUACUCUAAAGAGAGAUACAUGUCCACUUACUCACAUUUCAUACAACCAAUGAGUAACAUGCCACUGUGGCCUGUAUCUACAAACUUAUUUGUUGCUCCACCAAAGAUAGAGAAACUGCCAGACAGGCCAAAAAAGAAGAGAACAAAGAAAUCUGGUAAAAGCAAGAAGUCUGAAAAAUUACCUAGAACUGGAGUUACUAUGACAUGUAGUGAAUGCCAUGUUAAGGGUCACAACAAAAGAUGUUGUCCUAUGAAGAGAAGUGAUGGUGAUGUUUCUACUCCUAAGGCAGCAAGUGCUGCAGAAGCAUUAAGCUCCAAAAAAGAAAGGGGUAGACCAAAGAAACAAACAAAUACUGAUGAUGAACCUGCUGCAAAGAGAGGGAGAGAGAGACCUAGAAAAGCACCAGUUCUAUCUGUUAGUACUGAUUUUACAACACCACCAGACUAUAGAGAAAGUGCAACACAUGCUAACCCAUCUAUAACACCAGAAAUCCCUCCACGCAAUGCUGGAGUGUCAUCAAGAACUAGAAGUGGCAGAGGAAGGGGUAGAGGAAGUGGUUAUCCACUAGAAAGUUGUUUUACAUGUUCUCAAGCCUGGGCUGCCAAGUAGGAGAAUAGUAUCCACUGGACCUAAGCAAGUAAUGAAAUCAACAGUUGUAUCUGGAGACAUUGAGUUCAAACCUUCAAGUGGACUGAAGUGGAAAUGCAAGCAAGCAAUCACAGCAAGAAGACUCCAAUAAAUAAGAGAUCAAUCAAGGCCUUCAAACAAUGCAACCAUGCUUACCUCAUCCCCUUCACAACUCCGAGGCCCCUGGAAACUAUAGUCGUACGUUGAUUACUAAUUUGGUGUCACUUAACUACUUUUCUUGUAUGAAACAAUGAAUCUACAAUUUUAGUCCCACAUAAAUAAUAUUUUUAUGUUUAA